UAAGAGGAAUUAAUGAAUGGAAUCUGUCUCGAGCUCACGAACCUAUGUCAAAAAAGAGGAAUUAAAGUCGCCGGGUAAGUUAAUCUCGAAACUUGGAGCCUAAUUUCUCUAUAUUAGUUAAUAAUUAACUGAUUAAUCUAUUUGGGAGGAGACAAACAAGUGUUGGGGCGAGUUGGGAUGACGAACAAAUGCCUUCCUCACAUGACAAAGUCCUCGCUUAUUCCAUCACUCCAUAAUUUCUCGUGCUAAAACGCCUUCCUCACAUGACAACGUCCUCGCUCAUUCCUUCGCUCCAUGAUCUCUCCUACUUAGCUACCGUUCUACUCAUCAAGAUUUUAUGCAUCGCUCUGUAACACGUAGAGAAGCCAAUCAAUCGCCAAGAAGAUUAGAAAAGGAAAUAAGCAAGCCGACCAAAGCUGUACAACUUUUAUUUUAUAUGACAGGGUCAGCUCAGCUCUUCCGGGGAAAAGCUUUGCGUUGACAUACAGAACGUGAAGCUUCUAACAACUUCACUAGAAAUCAAAUAUAACUCACAGUUCUUGUAGCUCAUUUCUCUUCAAAGCUCUCUCUCUCUCUCUCUCUGUGGGUUGCUGCUGCUAAGAGCUCUUUUUCUGUUGCUGAGAAAAAAAAUGACCUCUCUAAUAAUAGGUUUCACCAAGUCACUCGCCAUGAAUAUGCUCUCCGAGGUUGGCGACCGGACAUUCUGCGUUGCCGCUAUUCUGGCAAUGCGAUAUCCAAGGAAGAGUGUUUUGCUAGGAUGCCUAGUUUCAGUAACUGCAAUGACAGUGAUCUCAGCUUUGCUUGGCUGGGCUGCUCCAAAUCUGCUCUCAAAGGAAUGGUCACAUCAUGUGACCACGUUCCUGUUUUUCCUGUUUGGUCUCCGGUCUCUCUGGGAAGGAUUCACAGAGGAUGAUGAUGAUAAUGAAGAAUUGGAGGAAGUAGAAAAGGAAUUGGAAAAGGAUUUGAAGGCAAGUUCUGAAAAAUCAAAAGCAGCUUCUCAGGCUGAUGAUAACUUGAAGAAGAAACAGAAGCCAUUCCUCACCUACUUCUUCUCACCUGUCUUUCUUAAGGCAUUCUCGCUCACCUUCUUCGGUGAAUGGGGCGACAAAAGCCAGCUAGCAACAAUCGGCUUGGCAGCUGAUGAAGACACUUUGGGAGUAGUGCUCGGUGGAAUAGUGGGGCAAGUGUUGUGCACAGUUGCUGCUGUUAUAGGGGGAAAGAGCCUGGCUUCUAAGAUAUCAGAGAGGCUGGUGACCGUCCUAGGUGGAAUUCUCUUCCUAGUGUUUGGGGUCCAAUCCCUUCUUUCACCAUCCUAAUUGUGGAUUUCUCUCUUGUUUGUAUGUCUAUGCUGCUGCUUCCCGUUAGUUGAGACUGCUCUAGCUCUGAUACCUCAGUUAUUUUUCUCCGAGCAUUCUUAUGUUUUUGACUACUUGUCGACAUGUUUCAAACUCGUUACUUAAUAGUUUGUAUUUCACAACGACCUUUCCAUA